CGCCAUGGACGCUUCGAUAAUCCUUGGCCAACUUGGGAGGCGCGUCGCCAGCACCCUUCCUACUCCUCGUGCAACCCGGCCGCUGUGCCAAACAAGGGACGGCGCUCACUCCCUUCAGCCACGCUUUGCCAGGGUUUGCCCGCCCACGCGCCAGCCCCCACACGCCUCCUGCCCGCAGGCGACGCGGUGCAGGCGACGUGGGUGGGGCACAGCACGCUGCUGGUGCAGCUGGAGGGCCUCGCCUUCCUCACCGACCCCGUGUUCAGCCAGCGGUGCAGCCCGGUGCAGUUUGUGGGGCCGCGGCGCGUGGUGCCGCCCGCCUUCCCGCUCGACCACCCGGAUCUCCCCAAGAUCGACGCCGUGCUGCUCUCACACAACCACUACGACCACCUGGACAAGGGCAGCGUGAAGCAGCUGAACAGCCGGUUUGGCGGCCGCCUGCGCUGGUAUGUGCCGCUCGGCCUGAAGAGCUGGUUCACGGAGCGGGGUGUGAGCAAUGUGGUUGAGCUGGACUGGUGGCAGGAGGCGGCGCACCCCAACAGCAGCGUCAGGGUGGUGCUGACCCCUGCCCAGCACUGGAGCAUGAGGAGCCCCUGGAGCCGCAAGGCCUCGCUGUGGGGCGGCUGGGCGGUGCUGGGGGAGCGGCGGCGCUUUUGGUUUGCCGGCGACUCGGGCUACGCCCCCGUCUUUUCCGAGAUUGGCCAGCGGCUGGGUCCCUUUGACCUCUCCGCCAUCCCCACCGGCGCCUACGAGCCGCGCUGGUUUAUGAAGCCGCAGCACAUCGACCCCGCCGAGGCGGUGCAGGUGCACCGCGACGUGCGCAGCAUGCGCAGCGUGGCCUGCCACCACGCCACCUUCUGCCUGACAGACGAGCCCAUGGACGAGCCCUCCAAGCGGCUGCCCAGGGAGCUGGCCAAGGCGCAGCUGCCGGCAGACGCCUUUGUGAGCCUGCGCCACGGCGCCACGCUGGCCACCGCGGGAGGCCGCACGCUCAACCAGCCGGCGCUGCUGCCGGUGGGCCCGUAG